ACGUCACUAACACAUAGUAGUUUACGGUGCCGGUGAAACAUUCGCUCGUCCCAAACCGGCAAAGGAUUUGGAAAGUUCCUUAAUCAUUUCUAUGCAUUUUAGUAAAAUUAUCGGAAUUGCAGAAUCACGAUGGGUUUCUGUAAUGUAUAUCAAUGUGAUGUGUGUCUAGCGAGGAAGUCAGUUCGCUCGUUGCCUCUACUCGGUUAUGAAAGAAUUUUAGCUUUGAAAUUGAUUAACAGUGCCAAUGAAUAUAUGCAAGUAAGAAAACCACCCAAAAGUUGUGUAACGUGCAUAAAAAAGUUGCGUUUUUUCAAUACUCGCCUCAUCAAUAAUCUGAAGGAAAAAAUAACGAAUCGAUCUGACUUAUCUCAGUUCAAAAUGUAUCCACAAGGAUUCUCACCGUUCAAAUCGGACGACACCUUGGAACCCAACACGGAAGAAUCACCGGAAUCUUAUCUGAGUCAGUAUUUUUCUCUUACCCCUGAAGAAGUAGGUUCGAGUAAAGGCCAAAGUGAGAGUGAAAGUAGACUGAAUGCAGAAGACAAUGAACAUAUGAACAUGGAGGAACCUUGCCUAAAUGACUACAACUGUAAAUGUGAAAAUUGUCAAAAUAAAUAUGGCAGUUUACCAAUCCUCCUCCAGGGCAUUGAACAAAAAUCCCUUUCCCACAAGACUGAACCCCAACCAUCGACGUCUAGUCAGAAAGUUCCUAAGAAGGUGCUGACUUGUGAAUAUUGCAAGAAAACCUUCACUCAUAAAGGUGAUUUCAAUAAACAUUUGCGGAAGCACACCAGAGAGAAACCUUUUUCUUGCACGGUUUGCAACAGAAAAUUUGCACAUACUUCCAAUUUGCAAAGGCAUCAAAGGCUACAUAGUGGAUUCAAACCUUUUGUUUGUGAUCUCUGCAACAAAACUUUCAGCAGGAAAGAUAAAUUAGACUGUCACAGAAGAAGCAGAAUUUGUUCAGGAAACAGUAGUUCUACAGUUCCAGAGUAGAAGCCGUUUGAAUAUAUGUCUUUUAUUUAUUUUAAAUUAUUUCGAAAUGAAUUAAAAUAUUUUUGGAUGAA